AUGACCUUCUCGGACGAAUUCGUCCUCGACUACGCAAAUAGGCUGAUUGCUUCCUCCCGCGCGAUGGAGGACUAUGCCGUGCGAAGCGCGCUCACGAAUGAGGCACAGACCUACCUCGACGGCGUGAUGCAGCGCAUGGCGGCGCUCCAAGAGCAGCAAGAUAUCAUGGCUGCAGAUAGGGAAUUCUUCGUCGACGAGGCCAGACGUCUGGACUCUCUCGCGCGCGAUCACGAUGCUCUUUACCCCCAUGCCGCGGCGAUACACCAGGCGCUCGUGGAUCAAUGGUCAUAUCGAGACAGGUUGGAAAGAGAGCGGCGCGUCUUGCAUGCGCAUUGGGAGGCCGUCUUUGCUGAGAAUAAGGCGGGGAUGGAUCGAAUGGAGGCGCAGCGCAUCCUAUUCGCCGAAGCAACUGAGGUUGCUAACGACGCGAUGAUGGAGGUACAUAGUGUCCUAGAACUCUUGAGCACUGAUGAGCAGGACGCUCUUCAUAGAGCCAUAGCAGCGAUGGGUGGUCCCGCCGGCAAGGCUCUUGCACAUCUCCGCUGGCUGCAGGACAGAAGUCGUCAUUGUUCCUGCAAUGGCGGGCGCCACAAGAUAUAUGGGUUGCCUUGCGAGAGUUGA